ACAGCGAGCGGCGCUCGGCAGGGACAGAGUGAGCGAGCGAGCGAGCGAGCGAGAGAGGGAAAGGGGAAGAGAGAGAGAGGGAGGGCGAAGCGAGGAGAGACGCGCGAGGCCGGCCGUCCCGGAGCGGACACGGGGUGCAGGUCACUGCGGCGCGGAGCCACGUCCCUCUCAGCACCGCUCACCCUGGAACCCCACGGGCACUGUCCCGCCGGUGCGAUCAGGGCUGCUGGACCGGCGCUCGCUGCCUUGUCCUAAGUCAAGUGUCCGUGUCGCCGGGAAACUCAGGCGGCGAGUUGGCCACAGGAAGUUUAUUCUCGGGCUCCUUUUCUAAAAGGAGGAAACAAGUUUCUCCCAACCGGCAGCUUUUCUUUUUCUCAUUUUUGGCGCCCUGUGAGAUUGGGAAGAGAGUUCCCCCAGAGCUGCCAAGCGACACCCGCUGGGCUCCUAGUCUUUUUGCGUUGCCCAUUUUUCUCCAGCCCGUGGGUCCCGGCGGAGCUCCGGCUGCGUGCGGGGGCGGAAGGGCGCGCGCAGGGGAGGGACCGAGGGACGCGCUGACUUUUUAGAGGGAGGGACCCAGUGGACAACCGGUUCCGCGGAGCUUGCAGAGCAGAAACGAAGUGCGGUGCGCGGCGAUCGGGGGGUCACUUCCCGAGUGUCGCCGCCUCCCUGUCUGCCUCGGUUGGGGGACAGCCCCGGAGCGAAGAGCCCAGUCCGCCGCGGGGCCAGUGGACCAGCGAGCGCGCAGCAGACUGUGCGCGGCCGCGGCGAGGGCGGGGAAGAAAACCACCCUGUUUCCUCACCGGCCCCCACCGCGGAUCAUGUACCAGGAUUAUCCCGGGAACUUUGACACCUCGUCCCGGGGCAGCAGCGGCUCUCCUGCGCACGCCGAGUCCUACUCCAGUGGUGGCGGCGGUCAGCAGAAGUUCCGGGUAGAUAUGCCUGGCUCGGGCAGCGCCUUCAUCCCCACCAUCAACGCCAUCACCACCAGCCAGGACCUGCAGUGGAUGGUUCAGCCCACAGUGAUUACGUCCAUGUCCAACCCUUAUCCACGCUCACACCCCUACAGCCCCCUGCCAGGCCUGGCUUCAGUCCCUGGGCACAUGGCUCUCCCCAGACCUGGCGUGAUCAAGACCAUUGGUACCACCGUGGGCCGCAGAAGGAGAGAUGAGCAGCUGUCUCCUGAAGAAGAGGAGAAGCGUCGAAUCCGGCGGGAGAGGAACAAGCUGGCUGCAGCCAAGUGUCGGAACCGUCGCCGGGAGCUGACAGAGAAGCUGCAAGCGGAGACAGAGGAGCUGGAGGAGGAGAAGUCUGGUCUGCAGAAAGAGAUUGCUGAGCUACAGAAGGAGAAGGAAAAGCUGGAGUUCAUGUUGGUGGCCCAUGGCCCCGUGUGCAAAAUCAGCCCCGAGGAGCGCCGGUCGCCCCCGACCUCCGGGCUGCAGCCCCUGCGUGGUGCGGGCCCCGUGGUGGUGAAGCAGGAACCGCUCGAAGAGGACAGCCCCUCUUCCUCAGUGGUAGGGAUGGACAAGACCCAGCGCUCUGUCAUCAAGCCCAUCAGCAUUGCUGGGGGUGGUUUCUAUGGGGAAGAGCCUCUGCACACUCCCAUCGUGGUGACCUCCACACCUGCCAUCACUCCAGGCACCUCAAACCUUGUCUUCACCUACCCCAGUGUCCUGGAACAGGAGUCACCUGCGUCACCCUCGGAGUCCUGCUCCAAGGCUCACCGCAGAAGCAGUAGCAGUGGGGACCAGUCCUCAGACUCCUUGAACUCCCCCACACUGCUGGCCCUGUAACCCUGUGCUCCUCUGGCCAGCUCUGGAGGAGUCGUCAUCAUUGUCACCUUCCCCGGGGACCAGUACCUUUAAGCGCUCCAGGGUCAUGAGGGCAAUAGGGGGACCUUGGCUCUGGGGACCCAAUGGGACUUAGUGGUGAGGCACUGGUUGAUCUCUUAGAAGCCCUGGGACCCCCUCCCCCUUCCCCCAUUCAUCUUGCAAGCAAAUCCUCUUUCUUGAGAAGCUGAGGAGAACUUGGUUUGGUGGACUCCGACAUCUCUCCUGCUUCUGAAGCACCUGGAGCUGGCCUGGAUAGUUCCUGUCCCUUUGUUAUGCUGUUGUCUCUGGAGUGAUGGUGUCCUUUCCUGCCCCACCAAGCAUGCUCAGUGCCUUUCGGUUUCCCCUCCUCCUCUCCCCCCUCCCCCCCCAGUAUCAGUUCCAUUCCCUCUGGGUUUUUAUGAGAUUUGCCGUGACAUUUCAUCUGGGUGGUCUGGAUAUUAAAGCGCUUUUAUUUCCGGAGCUGGGGGAGCAGGUGACUCUUCCGCUGGGGCGGACAUGUCCCGAAGGGACAGUCAAAGUGCAAUAUUAUUGAACCUUCCCUCCCCACACACCCCAGCGCACUGCCGGCUCAGACCACCAGCGGGCUCCCUGAGUUCUACAGGUGCGGCGGUCACCACCGGGCUACACCAAGGACCUUUCCUCCCCAGCCUUGGAGAGAGAUGUCCGCCUCUUGGAAGAUCAGCCUGGCCAGAAGACAGGGUGUAAGUGCCGACAACCAGGACACAGGUUGGGUUUGCCAAACGCCUAAUUACCAAGCCAGGAUUAGUGCCAACAAAGCCACGUGGCUGUCCUAGUGAGCUUCCCUUACCUGACGUCUUGGGCAGAGCGUCUCCUGUAAUUACUGCCUCGCCAUUCUGCGCUGGACCCUUCUCUCCAGACCAAGGAGGUACCCCUUCCUCGGAACAACACACCACUCCAAAGCCCGGCGGGGUCCUGCCCUUCCCCAGCUCUCAGGGUGACACCACCCAGAGAUAUUGAAUGAGUGUGGGCCUUGACCCUCCCCCAAUUUUGACCUAAUGGCUUCUCUUCCGAGCCCAGGUAGAGUAGCUGGGGUGAUGUGUGGGGCUGUGGUUUUGUCUGCAGCAGCAGCCCCCAGGUCCCUAGCCUUUCCUGGCUGCUCUCCUAUCAGCGAGGUGUGGGAAUCCCCCCUCCCCUGCUCUCAGUGGUCCCUGCCAUUGAUGAGUGAAUGCUUUCCCUUUGAUAUUUCUGUGGCCCACUCCAGAGUGACCUCCUGACCCGGUAGGCCAGUUGGGAGUCACUGGUUUGAGCCAGUCUUGCUAGGGCUUGGGGUGUCUCUGCCGAUUCUAGCUAAGCUAGCAUGUGUUCCUUCGCUCUGCCGGAAGAGCUGUGCUUCUCCUGGCUGUCCUGGCCUCCAGCAAGGCAUACUCCUGCCCCCGCAUCCCAUCGCCCCCGCAUCGUCUCCCUACUGCAUGCUCACACAGGUGUGGGAAGUGGAGUCCGGUUAGAACUGGUCUCUAGCGCUAAUGCUCUGACCUAGUGUUUCCACUCAAAAGAUCAUAUCUAAAGCCAUGUUACUUGAACCAAGCCCAGUGGUGAAAAAUCUGAGUUUUGAGAGGACAGAGACAACUUCACAGACCUUUAAAGACAUAGGCCUUUCUCAACCCGAGUUCACAAUGUGCCGGCCAUGAUUUGAUCCCAUGACCUACUGACAUGCAUGCAGAAUACACAGGAUCCAGGAGCCGUGUGGGAAGCCUGCACAGCCCGGGGGAGCUGAAAGAGACGGGGGCAGGGGUUGGCUGGGUAGAGAGGGAGAUGUUCAGAGUAAUUUCCAUAUGCUCUGUCCUGUACGUCCUGGCUCUAACUCUGCCAGUCUGGUCUCCCAGAGUCGGAGACGGAGCAGGUGGCUUCCUGACCUUAGACUCCUCCUAGAAACAGGAGAUGGCCAGGAGGAGCAAGAGUUGGGUGAAUACCCGGGGGUGACCUCAGUUGAGAAACAUCUAUCAUCUCAAGCCAAGCAGGAGCUCUCUCCCUCCUCAUGCCCAUGGGCGUUUCUGAAGCAAACCUGCUUUUAUUCUCUUAUUUCCCAAAGUCCCUUUCUGCUCCAUCUCCAUAGCAUGGAUAUCAACACUGGUCACAGGCCCCAUGACUUGGUGCCCCAGUUGGACACUCCUGAGACCCCCCUCCCCGAGUCUGGCUCUCACUUCAGAUUGCAAGCUGUGUUGGCAUCAGUACCAGAAGGCACAGCCAACUAACCUGGGCCUCAGACCUCUGAGGCAUUUCCCCUCCUGACCUGCUUGCUCCAUCCUACAGACUCCAUGGCUUUCCAAAGACAGAUUUCUGAGGGGAUAGCUGGAUGUUCACACCCAAACUGUGGGAGGAACCUCAGUUGGCUUCCUUCUGACUCGCUGUCAAGUCCCUUCCCGUACAUGUCACUCACACAUACGCCUGUGCUCCGGAGUCAGGCACCUGGCUUGCUGUCCUGUCUCCAGUUCAGGGAGCAGGGGUCAGGGAAGGGUGCUUGAGCUCAGACAAGGUGUCCCGUCUCCUCCUGUGUGUCCUCAGCUGACGUGAACUUGGGCUGGACUGUAAUCAGCUCUGGGUUGGCUUAGGGCAGGCCCUCCUUAAUCAGCUAGCAUGAAACACAGUCCUCAUGGCCACCCAGCCUCUGCGAGAACAGCCCUCCCUCCAGCUGGCUGUCUAGGGACAGCCCUGGCACAGGAAAGAGAGUGGCCCCAGUGAGGGGAGCCAACAGCAAGCAACUGGUCUCCUUGGGGGAGAGAGACCCCGAGUCUGCUUCCCCUUGUCUCCGAGUGCGGAAGAGGGACAGGCUGUGUGAAGGAAGCAUCCAGAUUCGUUUCUCCCAGUUUUCCUGAGAGAGCAAAAGUGUUCCUUGAGGUGUCACCGUUUACCUUCCACCGUGACUUCCUUCCCUGAGCAGGUAUUCAUGUGGCCUCUUUAGGGAGGAAAGGAAUGAGCACCCACUGUGGACCAGGCACUAAGAGACACUUUUAUAUUUAUCCUCUUUUAAGAUGGAACUAAGGGGCCGUCUCCUAGAAGUCCCAAGUAAUGGCUAAACAGAAACACUUGGAGGUGAGAGGGCUUUCUUCAAAGACCUCAGGUGGGAGUUGCCUUUAGUCUGGUGGUUCUCAGAUACUCAUCCCCCAACCCCAGCAGCAUCUGCCCACCCCAGGCUCCUCCCACCUGGCCUGUGCUCCUCAGGUGACUGAAGGGGCAACCUGAGUUCUCAUAGAAUUUGUGGACCAAUAGGCUAUGUCGUGUGUAUGGCUUUCUUCUUUACACGUAAGUAAAGGGGUCUUGCCGCAUUCUGCUUGAGUAGUCCUGGCAUCCAUCUUUAAGCCAGCAUCUCACUAUUUAUUGACUGGGGCGGGGCUCGUGUGUGCUUGUUUGUGUGUGCGCGUGUUUGCAUUCGUAUUCCCACGCGUGUGAGCGUGUGCUCGUAUCCUCCUGCAGCUUUGUUGUUGUUGUUUUUUAAAGAAGGAAAACAAGUGUCCCAUUGCUAAGUUGGUGUCUUCUCAUGCUUCUAGUGUUUUGGCCUGACCACACCUCACAGAAUGUUGGUCUUUGUCCAGUGCUGACGUGUUCAGGAAGAGCUGGGUCAAAGUUUCACAGGGGGUAUGGGAAGGGAAAGGGGAGAAGAAAUUGACAUUUAUUUUAUUAUUUAUUUUAAAUGUUUACAUCUUCUUUGUGUUGUUCUAAGCCUGAAUAGAAACAGAUAGCAUUAAAGUACUCAGCCCCCCCCCACUCCUUUUUUCUAACUUAGGAUAAUGAUGCUUUAUUUUGUUUGUUUGUUUCUAAAGUGACUUGUGGACUUGUGCUGUAUAAACUGUAUUCCAAGGUUCUGUUUUUAAAGAUUGAUUGUCAUUCCUCUGGGGACAGCGGCUGCUAAGAAAUCUUAACUAACAUUGUACGAGAACACAAUGAAAGACCCUGGCCCUGUCUCUCAAAACUUAACUUUCUCUGUAUGAUUAAAAAAAAAAUAUUCCAUUUA